GAUGGAUUUUAUCUGGCAGCAGUUGCUAAUAAUGGGAAGAAGACUGCAGCUCUUGUUUAUGGUAUCGCAAGAAAUGUUUGGAUACGGGUGAAGUGUAGACUGGAAACAAUCGAUGAGCUAACAAAACGUUUUUAUCUUGCUACUCCGGAAGAAACUGAACAAGUUUGGAAAGAUCUGUUUGAAGGUUCAAACAAGACCUGUCAGCAUAAUUAUUUUCAUGGCCGUUGCCGAAACGAAGCGAUGGAUGUAUACUGUGAAACCGGACGACGGACUCGAACUCACUUUGUUCUUUCUGUUUUUCGGGACCAUAAACCAAUGAAGAAAAGUGAUUACCUGUGAAUUUUUAUUUGUCAUCCAAAAAAUACUGGCAAAUACUUUAGCCACGAAUACGAAG